AUGACCGGGCUCGAUGAACGUGAACGCGCACUCCCGCAGCCCAACAUACAGAACCUGCCUUCUUCCAGCUCGCGGUCUCUGGUGAUUGUGUCCAACAUAAGUGCAGCCCUCGAAUACGAGGAACGCACGCGCCAGGGCACCUGGGGCUCCACUGCGUCCCUGCCUGGCGUUGAGGGCGGGCUCCCGCCUCCUCCGCGUCCUAGGAGCAGCAGAGGCAGGCUAGCGCGCGCGAUGGCUAUGUCGCCCAGUAACAAGUCUUCCAUGUCUGUCCCCACCUCUCCCAUGUCGUCUUCGAUGCAGCUCGCGGAAGGCGAGCGCGCACCUAGCAACCCGUACAUCAACCCAGUGCCGCGCCUGUCCUACCUCUUGCGCGAGGAGCCGCCGCUCCUUGUUGUCGGCGGGCGCCCGUCCUCCCCCGACGGUGUCAGCAUCGCCGAGGAGUUGUCGAAUGACACGCAUUCGAUAGCGUCUGUGCAGCCUCACAGUGCGGAUUCGCACGGCAGCCAGCCUUCGUCUGCGUCCCCGUCGUCGCCCAAGGAGACAAACCGCCACCACCGGGGCCUGUCCUCUCUUCAUAAGGUCGAGAAGAUGCUUGGCAAGAGCAAGUCCGCGCUUGGCAUGCUCGCGGAGAGCAAUUUGCGAUCGAAACGGCGGUCGAGCGACGCAGACGUGCCGCAGAGCGGGGGGACGGAGAAGCCGAGCAUAGAUGCGCUGAUGCGCCCGUACCGACGGGUGCUGGAGAGGGGCAAGGCGGCCGCAGACGCCCCAAGCGCGCCGAGCUCACCCGUCAGUGCGUAA